AUGGUUCUUAUUCGGCUGCUAAUGAGCAAAAAAGCUUCUCGCGCCUGCAAUGCGGGCGUCGCAGCGGAAGGCUACGAACCAGAGCAGCUCCAGACCUGCCGCACCGCACCCAUUGUCCAUGCCUCCACGUCCGCUCCAGUGGAACUUAACCGUAUCCACCAGCUUUCGAACCCUCGCGAUAGCGGUUCGGCACAGAAACUGCAGCGGCACACAACGUGGGCGCUUCUGCCCUCUCCCACGCGAUUACCGAGUUGCUACGACCAAUGA